GCCGGAGGAGGUGCGCGCGCACGCGGCGCCUCCUUCUCUCGUGUCCGGCCGGCGAGGUGCGGCCGGAGGCGCUCCUCGCCCUUGGCAGGGGCAGCGCUUGCCGCGGCCAUGGCGGCGUGGCCCGCCGUGCCCCUCGGCAUCAACCUCGGCGGGUCGCUGCUGGGUUUCGUGGCCACGCUCACGCUGAUCCCGGCCUUCAAGGAACGCUUCCUGGCGGCGCGGCUCUUCGGCGAGGACCUCAACAAGGCCUCCCGGCAGCCCGUUCCUGAGGCGCAGGGCGUGAUCAGCGGGGCCGUGUUCCUCAUCAUCCUCUUCUGCUUCAUCCCCGUGCCCUUCCUGCGGUGCUUCGUGGAGGAUCAGUGCGCGGCCUUUCCUUACGAUGAGUUCGUGGAGCUCAUCGGCUCGCUCCUUGCCAUUUGCUGCAUGAUUUUCCUGGGCUUUGCAGAUGAUGUCUUGAACCUGCGCUGGCGCCACAAGCUCCUUCUUCCUACCAUGGCUUCCCUCCCAUUGCUCAUGGUGUACUUCACCAACUUUGGGAACACGACCAUUGUGGUGCCUAAGCCCUUCCGGGUUCUACUGGGCAUGCACUUGGACCUGGGUAUCCUCUACUAUGUGUACAUGGGUAUGCUAGCAGUGUUUUGUACUAACGCCAUCAACAUUCUUGCUGGAAUCAAUGGAAUUGAAGCAGGGCAGUCUCUGGUGAUUGCUGCUUCCAUUAUCGUAUUCAACAUUGUAGAGUUAAACGGGGAUUAUCAUGAUGAUCACAUUUUUUCUCUCUACUUUAUGAUUCCCUUUUUUUUUACCACGCUGGGGCUGUUUUACCACAACUGGUACCCAUCCCAAGUGUUUGUUGGGGACACCUUCUGCUACUUUGCUGGCAUGACCUUUGCUGUGGUGGGCAUCUUGGGGCACUUCAGCAAAACAAUGCUGCUUUUUUUCAUCCCACAAGUGCUCAAUUUCCUCUACUCAUUGCCUCAACUCUUCCAUGUCAUUCCUUGUCCCCGCCAUCGGCUGCCAAGGCUCGAUCCUAGUACAGGGAAGUUGGAGAUGAGCUACUCCAAAUUCAAAACUAAGAGCCUCUCAGCCCUGGGAACAUACAUUUUGAAGGCAGUAAAGAUCUUGCACAUAGUAGAUGUGAGAAGUGGAAUGGAUGAAGAUGGCGAAUACACCGAGUGCAAUAACAUGACACUUAUUAACUUUGUUAUAAAGCUGAUUGGACCCACCCACGAGCGAAAUCUCACUCUCCUGUUGCUACUCAUCCAGGUCCUGGGGAGUACGAUUGCAUUUUCAAUCCGGUACCAACUAGUGCGGUUGUUUUAUGAUGUCUGACUAGGCUACCAGGAGUCAGUGGUCUUUUGUCCAAUUCUGCUGACAGAAGAGAUUCAACGCUACUCGGACAUCACUGUUAAUGGGAUUACCUUUGAGACGGGAAAUAAGGAACCCGCCUUUUUUUUUUUUUUUUUUCUUUUUUCAAACGCACAAUGCUUAGGGAAGGGGGGAAGAGAUGAAACCGCUAUGAAUUUAAGAAGCGCCUUUCUGUUCCCUGAGAGAAAACAGGAACUUCUAUUUCUGUAAGAUGCUACAUCAGAACAGAGUGGACAUAGAAUAUUGUUAUAAAUCAUACCCAAAAUUCAGAGCACUCUGAGAAUAAAAUAACUCAAGGUA